UGGUCCGGCGGCUGACGGUGCGCGCUUCCGGGUUGGCGAUCCGGGCGAGCGGCGAGCCGGCGCGCCGUGGCGGUGGGGGCGGGGGAGCCGACGGGCCCUGCCGGCUGGGUCCCCGCUGGGCGGCCCCGACAGAUUUAAGCCUCUCCGGAGUCUGGAGAAAAUGGCAGAGACGGCACCAGAGCCUUCUGGGCAGCUUGUCGUACACUCCGACACUCACAGUCACACUGUCCUGGCUAGCCUUGAGGACCAGAGGAAGAGAGGCUUUCUCUGUGAUAUCACUCUAAUCGUGGAGAACGUGCAUUUCCGAGCCCACAAGGCCUUACUUGCUGCCAGCAGCGAGUAUUUCUCAAUGAUGUUUGCGGAAGAGGGCGAGAUUGGCCAGUCUAUUUAUAUGUUGGAAGGCAUGGUUGCAGACACCUUUGGUAUUCUGCUGGAAUUUAUCUAUACAGGUUAUCUACAGGCCAGUGAGAAGACCACAGAACAGAUCCUGGCCACUGCUCAGUUCUUAAAAGUCUAUGAUCUGAUAAAGGCUUACACGGACUUCCAGACGAAGCAUAGCUCCCCGAAGCCGCCGGCUCUGAACGGCACUGGUACUCCAGUGGUUGUUAUUUCUAAUAAGAAGAAUGAUCCCCUAAAACGGAAGCGGGGAAGACCAAGAAAAGGCAGUAGUGUGCCGGAGGGGAAAUCGGAACUCGCUGCAGAGGAAGACAUGCAGCUGAGAGUGAACAAUUCCGUUCAGAAUAGACAAAACUUUGUGGUUAAAGAGGGAGACGGUGUGGAGCUGAGUGUACAGAUCCCAAAGGAAAAGGCCUCUGAGCCCGCUGGUGAGCCGGGCAGAGUGGAGGAGACGCUCGCUGAGAAGGAUGAGAACUGUGACCCCGAGGCGCGGGAUGGCCAGGACAGCCUGAGUAGGUACAGCAAGCGGAGGAUUCGGAGGUCGGUCAAGCUUAAAGAUUACAAACUCCUUGGAGACGAAGACGACCAGGGUUCAGCCCAGAGGAUAUGUGGAAAGAAAAAGCGUGCCAGCGGUCCAGGGGCCCGGUGUAAAGACUGUGGCAAAGUCUUCAAGUACAAUCACUUUUUAGCAAUCCACCAGAGACGCCACACUGGGGAACGACCCUUCAAAUGUGGCGAGUGUGGAAAGGGCUUUGCCCAGAAGCACUCCUUGCAGGUCCACACCAGGAUGCAUACAGGGGAGCGGCCAUACACCUGUACCGUGUGCAGCAAGGCACUGACCACCAAGCACUCACUGCUGGAGCACAUGAGCCUGCACUCAGGGCAAAAGUCUUUUACCUGUGAUCAGUGUGGAAAAUAUUUCAGCCAGAAAAGACAGCUAAAGAGCCAUUACCGAGUCCACACAGGCCACUCACUACCAGAAUGCAACCACUGCCAUCGAAAAUUCAUGGAUGUGUCUCAGCUAAAGAAACAUCUGCGAACGCACACAGGUGAGAAGCCGUUCACUUGUGAAAUCUGUGGGAAAUCUUUCACAGCGAAGAGUUCCCUUCAGACCCACAUCAGAAUCCACCGAGGAGAAAAGCCAUACUCCUGCAGCAUCUGUGGCAAGUCCUUCUCCGACUCCAGUGCCAAGAGGAGACACUGCAUCCUCCACACAGGCAAAAAGCCCUUCUCCUGCCCCGAGUGUAGCCUGCAGUUUGCUCGCUUAGACAAUCUGAAGGCUCACUUGAAAAUUCACAACAAAGAGAAGCACACAGCGGAUUCCUGCAGCGUUUCCGGCAGCAAUGCUGACGAGGUCCGCAACAUUCUUCAGCUACAGCCGUACCAGCUCUCCACCUCAGGAGAGCAGGAGAUUCAGCUUCUUGUAACUGAUUCUGUGCAUAACAUUAACUUCAUGCCAGGCCCCAACCCGGGGGUCAGCCUGGUAGCUGCUGAUAGCUCUCAGAACAUGGCCACAGACCCGGCUGCUAAUCUGGCCCUGCUCACACAGCAGCCUGAGCAACUGCAGAGCCUGAUUCUUUCGGCUCAGCAGGAGCAGACAGAGCACAUUCAGAGCCUCGGUAUGAUCGGAAGCCAGAUGGAGUCCUCCCAGCCGGAGCCAGUGCACGUAAUCACACUUUCCAAGGAAACGCUGGAGCAUCUGCACGCCCAGCAGCAAGGGCAAACCGAGGCGCUCCGGUUGGCAGCUGGUGCUGAUCCAGCUCAGCACCUGCAGCUGACACGGGACCCUGAGCCACCCCUGCCCACUCCGCUAGGCCAGGAGCAGAGCUGACCCAUGGCUCGGACUGUUCCGCUGGACCCUUCUCCCGGGCCAGCAGUGACAGACUGGUCCUUUCCGCCGCCACUGUCUUACAGACCCGUCAAGAUGUGUUAGCUAGCCAACAGCUUAUUUAUGAUGGGCUCCACCGGGGCAGAGUCUGUGUGUGGGCAUGAGUGCACGAUCUGUCUGAUCUAUGAUACCAAUUCCUACUUAGCACUGAAAUAUCGAUGAGGGGCUCCACUUUCGUCUACUACGUCUCUCAAAGGUAGACGUAGUAGACGUUUUUCUUGGGGGCAUUGAUUUAGACUUUCCUGUAAGUGUUGGGGGCAUUGAUUUAGACUUUCCUGUAAGUGUUGAAUGUUCACGGCCAUAGAGUGUGAUCUUUAGAUCAAAAAGUCAUGCGUAGGUUGAAUCUUCAGGUAUGGUGGUUGAUUCCAUUCCGUUAUUUCUCUUAGGCAGGAUACUUGCCAGUCCAAAACAAGGCAGGACUGACUACCUGAUUACAUCGAUCAGGAGAUUUCCCCUCCAAUAGCUUUUCUGCCCUAAGAGCACUGUACCUCUUGCAUUUUAUCUUUGUGUGGUACAGUGGGCUGAUCAUGUUGCACUGAAGGCAGAUUCAGACUCGAAAACCAUACUCAUGAUGCAGAGGCCGAAGUGUACUGUUGGUUUGUUUGUUUGUUUGUUUUUCAAGACAGCGUUUCUCUGUAUAACAGCCCUGGCUGUCCUAGAACUUGCUCUAUAGACCAGGCUGGUCUUGAACUCACAGAGAUCCAUCUGCCUCUGCCUCUAAGUGCUGGGAUUAAAGGCGUGUGCCACCACUACCUGGCACAAAGUAUACUUUUAAAAUUUUUGAGUUUAACUUUUCUGCAAAAUAUGAAUUUAUACAUUUUUUGAAAGAAACAGGCUGUUAAAUUUUUAAUUAAAAAGUCUCCACAAAGUAUGAAACUAAAUCAAGAUACUCAUUCCAAGUAAACCAAAUUUUGUCAGAUAUUGACUUGAUUUUCAUGAAAAAAGAUUCUUAAUUACUUGGAACUUAAAAGUUUAUUCAAUAUAAGUCAUAAACACACUACUGAAUUCUACUUGAUCUCAAAAUACUGAUUUGCAUGUUCAAUCUUAGAACUUCCUAGAGGUGGAAAUGUACACUAAUCUAUUCUUACAGUCUAGAUGAAAUUCCACUUAAUUUUAGUCAUUUAAAUCAUGUGUUCAGUGUGUGAGUGUGGGCUGUGUGCAUGUAUGGGGUGUGUGUAUGUAUGAGUGUGGCAUAUGUGCAUGUGUGGGAUGUGUGUAUCUGAAUGUGGCAUAUGUGGGAUGUGUGAGUGUGGGAUAUGUGCAUGUGUGGGCUAUGUGCAUGUGUGGGAUGUGUGUAUGUAUGAGUGUGGCAUAUGUGCAUGUGUGGAGGCCUCAGGUGAACAUUGGGUAUCCUGGUCUAUCACUCUGCCUUAUUUCCCUGAGACAGGAAUCUGGAAGCUGGUAUCCAGCAAGCCCUCAGCCCUCCUCCUGUUUCUGCCUCACAGCACUGGGGUUCAGCACACAUGGCCGUCUCCUGGAUUUUGACCUGGGUGCUGGGAUCCGAGCUCAGGUCCUCACAUAGCACAGCAAGUGCUCUACCCCCUGAGCCAUCUCUCCAGCUCCUGUUUAUUCUUAAAACACAAAGUCUUUACAGUCUUUUCAAAACCUCCUAGUUCUCAUUUCCCCAGAAUUUGACAUUGUAUUGAAGUAAAUUAAAACUGUCUCACUCUAGACAGCUGGGUAACGAUUCAGAAGCAUGGUUGUGUAGCUGUUGGUUUGGUUUUGGUGCUGAACUCAGCCCAUACAAGUUAAAUUUAGUUUACUUUAUAACAGCCUACCUCUACACUAAGAAAUAUAUCAUGAGCCAGGCCUGGGAGUACAGGCCGGUGAUCCCCAGAGGCAGAGGUGGAGACAGGAGGACCUUGAGUUUAAGGCUAGCCUGAGCUACUUAGACCCUUAAAAGAAAACCGGACCUGGGGAUGUAGGUCAAAGGUACAGUGUGUCCCUGGCAUGCACAAGACUGGGCUCUGUCCUCAGAACUGGGGGUGGGGAUAAUAAAAGAGGUACAAGACAGACGGAAUAUUAAAUAUUAAAAUAUUCAAAAGCCACAUGUAACAAGAGGUGAAAUUAAUCUUAAAGUUAUUUAAUCUACUGUCCUGGUCAGCCUUAAUUGUCAACACGGCCUCCACUGAGUCACGUGAGAAGCAAUUGAGGGGUUGCCUAAAUCAAGUUGGUCUGUGGGCACACACCUGUGACAACUGUCUUGAUCACUAAUGGAUGUACGAGGACCCGGCCCACGGUGGGCUGUUACAAAGCUAGCUAGCCGUGAGCCGGUGAGGAAGUCACUGAGCAAGCUGGCAGGCCGGCUUCCUCCACGGCUCCUGCCUGAGCGCCUGCUCUGCCUUCCCUUGGUGAUGGAUCAUGACUUGAAAGUAAAAGCCAAAGGAACCCUUUCUUCCCCCAAGUUGCUUUGGUCAUGGUGUUUGACACAGUAACAGAAUGUGACUAGAACAUUUAUUGCCAAACAUUUCUACAUGUAAUUAAUAUUAAAAUGUAUUAAUGAGA